AUGGAUGUUGGUGAGUACCCCAUGGCAGCUGUUACUUCAUGUGGUUCGUUCAGAGUGAACUAUAACUUGGAAGCCUCCUUUAGAAUGAAGAGGAACAGUUUAUCUGUUGUGAAUAAAAUUGUCCAGUCUUCACCAGCAGUGAAACAACCAAAAGUUGGGUUCUACUCUUCUCUCAGCCACACCCACAUGCACACUGUUCUUCUAGACUGGGGGAGUUUGCCUCACCACGUAGUAUUACGCAUUUUUCAGUAUCUUCCUUUAAUAGAUCGGGCCCGGGCAUCUUCAGUAUGUAGGAAAUGGAAUGAAGUUUUUCAUAUUCCUGACCUUUGGAGAAAGUUUGAAUUUGAACUGAACCAAUCAGCAACUUCAUAUUUUAAGUCUACACAUCCUGAUCUCAUUCAGCAGAUCAUUAAAAAGCAUGCUACCCAUCUCCAGUAUAUCAGCUUUAAGGUUGACAGUAGUACUGAAUCAGCAGAAGCUGCCUGUGAUAUACUUUCUCAGCUGGUAAACUGCUCUCUCCAGACCUUGGGCUUGAUUUCGACAGCCAAACCAAGUUUUAUGAAUGUGUCAAAGUCUCAUUUUGUGUCAGCACUUACAGUUGUUUUUGUCAACUCAAAAUCAUUAUCAUCGAUCAAAAUUGAAGAUACACCAGUGGAUGAUCCUUCACUGAAGAUUCUCGUGGCCAAUAACAGUGACACUCUAAGACUCCUAAAAAUGAGUAGCUGUCCUCAUGUUUCAUCUGAUGGAAUCCUUUGUAUAGCUGACCAUUGUCAAGGCCUUAGAGAAUUGGCAUUGAAUUAUUACAUUCUAAGUGAUGAACUUCUCCUAGCCCUGUCAAGUGAAACUCAUGUUCGCCUUGAACAUCUUCGAAUUGAUGUUGUGAGUGAAAAUCCUGGACAGGUUGAAUUUCACACUAUUAAAAAACAAAGUUGGGAUGCACUUAUUAAACACUCCCCUGGAGUUAAUGUUGUUAUGUAUUUCUUUUUAUAUGAAGAAGAAUUUGAGGCAUUCUUCAGAGAAGAAACCCCUGUUACUAACCUUUAUUUUGGUCGUUCGGUAAGCAAAGCAGCUCUAGGCCGGAUAGGUCUUAACUGUCCACGACUAAUUGAGUUGGUGGUAUGUGCUAAUGGUCUUCAGACUCUUGACGAUGAACUUAUUUGCAUUGCUGAAUGCUGUAAAAACUUAACAGCCUUGGGCCUCAGUGAAUGUGAAGUGAGUUGCAGUGCAGUCGUUGAUUUUGUAAGACGGUGUGGGAAAAGGCUGACCCACCUCUCCAUAAUGGAAGACGUUUUGAUCCCUGAUGGUAAUUAUAACCUAGAUGAAAUUCACACUGAAGUCUCCAAAUACUUGGGAAGAAUAUGGUUCCCUGAUGUCCUACCUAUCUGGUAA